AUGUCUAUGAAUGCAAUAUUGAUUAUCUAUAAAAUCGUUGCAAGUGUUCUUUUUAAAAAUAAGGAUCGUCAUGUAUAUCCUGGCUCUCUAUCGAUAAAGCUACUAGAUCUGGCAGCUGAAUACGGAUAUCUAGAAGUUCUAAAAUGGAUGCACUACAAUAAUAUUGGUGAAUGUUCAGUGGAGGCAAUGAACAAGUCUGCUGAAAAUGGAUUCUUGAAAGUCGUUGAGUGGCUCCAUUUAAAUCGCUCUGAAGGAUCUAGUACUGAGGCAUUAGACAAUGCAUCAAAAAACGGACAUCUCUCUGUUGUAAAAUGGUUGCAUUUCAACAGAACUGAAGGUUGUACGGUAAAAGCGAUUGACAAAGCCGCUUAUUUCAGGUUCAUAGCUGUUAUUGAAUUUCUCCAUUUUAAUCGCACUGAAGGAUGUUCCUGUGAUGCAUUCGAUGGUGCCUCCUUCAACAAUCAAAUCAAUGUAUUGGAUUGGCUAAAAAAGAAUAGAACUGAAGGAUUUUCAAGCAAACAUUUGUUGCAGUAG